AUGGCGUCGGUGACCACAUGCCCAACACUGCUACUAGUGUGCCCCAACAAGAACAAGUACAGCUCAUUUGUCCCAACAACCAAGUCCUUCUGUUCAAAACCUCAGUCACGGCGUUACAGACGAGUCGAGAAGAAGAGACUCAAAAUGGGUGAUCUUCUUGUUUGUAAGGCGACCCCCAGGAAAUCCUCAACCAAUACCAAAAUCAAUGACAGUGCUAUUAGCACCACGACCCCGGAAAUUAAUGAGAAUGUACGGAGAGUAGUUCAGAUUACUUUGUGGGUUACUGAGGGAAUCUACAUCUUGUGGCUCUUCUUGCUUCCCUAUGCCCCU